AUGGGGGGCUUGGUGGAACGUCUUCUUCUGCUAGUGACCUUCUCCUUGUUUCUUCAGACUGCCUUGGCCAAGCCAUUUGUUCAUCUGGUGUACAAGCAGAAUGACACCUGUAUGGAUUUUAAUGCUGCCCCAGCCUGUUUUGGUCCACCCAUGCCCGUCACUGGUCUCAAAGGUUACCUGCUUGAAACGGUGCCUGCCAAUGCUUGCCAUCCCAUCAAAGCAGCCCCAGUUUCCAACCGGACUCCUUCUGGUUUCGUUGCCCUCAUCCGCCGCUAUGACUGUUCCUUCAACCUUAAAGUUUUCCACGCCCAGGAAGCUGGAUACCGCGCAGCUAUCAUCUACAACCUGUGUUCUGAUUUCUUGGUGAACAUGGUGGUCAGCAUGGAAGAGAGAAGACUGCCGAUCAUUAUCCCGUCGUUGUUUAUUGGACGGACAGCUUCUAAACUUUUGAGAAGGCAAGUUCAUUCAGCAAAGGAUGCCCAAAUUAUGGUGGUGGUACCCCAGAGUUAUUACAAUUCCUGCUCGGAUGAAACAUAUGUGGCUCUUUGGGAAUUAGCUGUGUAUGACCUGCCGAUCUGGCCGGGUUACUGUACUCAACAACUGUUCCUCAAAGUCCUCCAGGAAUUUGGGCUGCUGUUCAGCCUCAGCAUGGGCACUAGCUUCUUGCUGCUGGUCAGUUGGGUGAAAUGGGGCCGGCCCUACCAAGGCAUCCAAGUGAAGACCUUCAAGCAUGGUGACAGGUAUGACACCUGUGUAAUCUGCAUGGCAGAUUAUGAAGCAGGUGACCGGGUGAAGGUUCUUCCCUGUGCCCACGUCUUUCAUGCCACCUGUAUCAACACCUGGUUACUCAUCCAACCCAUGGCUGGCAAGACGUGCCCAAUCUGCAAGCAGAAGGUUAACAGCGCAAUCUAG